AUGUGUGGAGACAAAUUUGGUGCUGAAUUGGAGAAAAUGCCAUUUUAUGGUACAAGAAGGAAUAGUUUUGGGCAUCGAGUGUCUAGUAAGGGAACUAAGGUCAACCAUGCUAAAGUUGAUGUGAUUGAGAAAUUGCCACCGCCCACUUCGGCAUGCCACCUUCCGGUAGAGCUCGAACAUAAAGCACUUUGGGCACUGCGGCAGCUGAAUCUGGAUAUAGAGACUGCAGGCACCAGCAGAGUCACUGAGUUACAUGAGCUCGAGGAAUUUAGGUUCCACGCUUCUGAAAAUGCCAGACUAUACAAAGAAAAGAUGAAAAUGAUCCAUGAUAAGAACAUCUUAGAUCGGAACUUCAAGCCCGGAGAUCUAGUGUUGUUAUACAACUCGAGAUUGAGGUUGUUUCUGAGUAAGUUGAAGUCUAGAUGGUCAGGACCCUUCAGAGUGGUGCAAGAGUUCUCAAGCGGAGCUGUGGAGAUUGAAUCCGAAGAUAGGAUAAACAAGUUCACGGUAAAUGGACAAAGGUUGAAACAUUACCUUGGAAUGGUCGAAGAGAAAGGGGAUAGAGAGGUGAUAACUUUGGAAGAACCCCGGUACGCGAACGAGGAGUGA